AUGAUCAGCCCCGACUAUCAUGGACCGCGUACGCAAAUGGGGCGUCAAAUACGAUGGCGGCAAGGACCCGCUGGGUUUCAUCGAACGCGUCGAAGAAUUAGCCGACGGGUACGAGAUAGAAAGAGACGCACUUCCACGAGCAUUACCCGAGUUAUUUAAGGAUAGAGCCCUCGUCUGGUUACGAAACAAUCACGGCCACUGGAGAGACUGGGAGACGUGUAAGCGAAAUUUCCUGAAGUUCUUCUUGAAUUCCCGGUAUUUCGAAAGACUCGAUGAUGAGAUACGGCAGCGUGUUCAACGGCCCAGAGAGGCAUUUACUAGCGCUACAAGGGCUAAUGCGUCAUUCUGACUAUACGGAGGCACA